AUGUCAGUAUCAAGAAUUUUAACAAAAGUUGAAUUAUGUAUUGUCAGGUUUUGUAAUGAUGAUAGAAAAUUAAAUAUUUGUCGUAAUAAAAGAGAAUAUGGUUUUUCUAUCGAUACAGAUUACCAAUUUGGUCCUCAGAAUAAAACUAUUGAAAACAGUGAAAAUACAAAACCAAAUACUUAUUUUCAAGUACCUGAACAAAGAUUAAUGUAUAUACGUUUAUUUCAAAAAAUUAAUACAAAACAAAGUAAUCUUGAAUUACAUGAUAUAGCUGUUCAAUUGAAGUUGACAACUUAUUAUAAUCAAGAUAGAGAAAGAAGAAUUCAAUUACCUAUUGAAAAAGGAAGAAAUAGAUAUAUAACACUACUUAUAGAAUCAUUGAUAUUAAAAAUUUUUAUUAUUAAAAUAUGUGAUCGAGAUGUUGCUAUUCAAUCAGAUCUUUCUAUUGGUGAUAUUAUUUUAGAUAAAGAUAUUUAA